AUGUGCUACGCCGCUCAGCUCAUGCUAGAACAGAUUUUUUUAGAAAAUCCUAAACCAGAUGUAAAAAAAGAUGACCACCAAGAUGCUGUGAUUCAGAUAUACGAUUUCCACGCAUUUGAUCACAUUAUGGUGACAUUGCCAAACGGCGUCUGCAUUCCAAAGCUUCUUCAGAUUAUUGGAGAUAUUAUCUAUCAUAGUGACAUCAUGGCAUGUGCGAAUUCUUAUACUGCACAUCUUGUAUACGGCAAUGCCUCUGAUUGUUACUCGAGACAGCAGACUGAAAAGAGUCUUGAUAAAAUUAUGAAAAGCUUCAUCUCCAAUCCCACUGAUUUCUCCAUUCUUGAUCAAACUUUGGAAUGUUCUCACGAUGAGCUCUGGAGAUUUAUCAGUCAAUACUUUGGCCAUAUAUCUCAAAGUAUGGUUUCACCUGCUAUUAUUUGUAAACUUCGAAGCUUUUCUGUAAAACAAUGGACUGCUGCAGACCUUAAAAAAGUCCGCAAGAUUAUUGCGUCUUUUUCUCAGCAGGACCAAAACGUAUUCCGGUACACGACACAGUUGCUGUACGACUGCUUCUACUUCAACGAGCUCUACAAGAUGAAGUACUACAACAUCUUGGAUCUAAACAGCGAUCAGCUCGAGGAAUACAUGGAGCACUUGCAUGCUCGCACAGUUUACACCCAGCUUGACACACAUCACCCAGGAUACAGGGGUGUGUCAAGAAACUGUGUCAGCAACUUCCGCAACAACGUCUAUCGGGCGGUCGAGCUUGGGCUUUAUUCCUUUGAGCCUAAAUCAAAGGGUGCGUUGUCAUGGAAAACCCUCUGCAACAGAGUGCGUUUUCUGGUGACCCAGACCAGUCGUAGAUCUUCUCGGGUUGAUUCUACGACUGCUUCUGGUCCCACCGAUGCCUUUGCGCAUCAUAUUCCAAGUCCAUUGGAAUCAAAAACAGCAUACAUCUUUAAAAAGAUAUAUGCUGUUUUUGCCAAAAUAUGGGAUUGA